UGUGAUGCAGAUCUAGAACUGGGUCAUAUGACUGUUGUGACUUGACUUUCAACGAACAAGACAGAGCACAUUUAUGUAGGGGCAAAAAAAGGGAGUAAUUUCAGAUGGCGUUUAAGGAUAUUUUGAUGACAAUUUGUACAGUGUCAUGGAUUACUUGCUCUUUAUUAGAUGCCAGGUCUGUCACGAGCGUUCCACUGAAAAGAAAUGUUCCCACCGCUAGUACCGCUCAUUGCGAGGGCAAGGCGGACAUACUUCUCAUCCUCGACUCCUCCACAAGCAUCGGGAGAGCAAAGUACGCCACUCUGGCCAACUUCACCGCCAACCUGACCAGGAACUUCCACAUCGGACAAAACGCUAUUCAAUUUGGCGCCGUCCUUUUCAGUGACAACGUCCGCAACCUGUUUGACCUGAACCACUUCCACACCAACGAUGAAAUCGCACAGGCUUUAAUCCACAUGCCCUUCCUGACUGGAUCAACCCACACCGCCCUGGCCCUAGAUUACGCCCACAACACGGCCUUCAAUGUCUCGCACGGGGCCAGAACCAAUGUUGGAAAGAUAGCCAUUGUCAUCACUGACGGAAAUUCACAGAACCAUGCUCAGACCGCACAAGCAGCAGAACGACUAAAGAACAGUGGUGUUAAGGUCAUUGCCGUGGGAGUCGGAAACAGCAUCUCACGUGCAGAACUGCUCGCCAUCGCCUCGAACGAGAAGGACAUCUUUAAUGUCAGUGACUACAGUGUGUUGAAUGAGAUCAAGAACGCGCUGGUGACGUCUGCCUGCGAAGCUGCUACUACCACACCAGCUCCAACCACUACGACAACCACAACAACUACAACCACAAGGCCAACCACUACAACUUCACACUGCCCGACACCCACAGCGCCGGCGAACGGAGAAGUUGUCUGUAAAUAUUCUGAUGAAAUUUUCUGUACCAUAACAUGUAAAAAUGGGUUUCAAUUUGAGAGGACCGAUGCCAAGUACUUUCAGUUUCCUUGUGAUGUGGCCACUGGCGUCUUUGAUAAAGUCAUCACGCCUGAUUGUGUCCAUAUAGCACGAUCUACAUUGGUGCCUCCAUUGGGAUAAGAAAGGGAUCAACACACAAGGAUAACAAGGAUACAGAUCAGUCCUUAACUUAUUUUGAACCAUCUAAAUUGUAUUUAUUUUAUAAU